AUGUCUUCAUCUACUUUAAUACCUAAUCGUGUUUUAAUUGUGGAUAAACGUCUUAUACCAGUUGAUUUUGAACAAUUUCAUUUCAUUCAAUUUUCUCAUCCUCGUACAAAACAAGAACAAUCCUAUACUAUUGAUCAUCAGUCUAAAACAAUCUUUGAACUUAUUCAAUGUACUCGUCCACAUUCGAGUUGGUUUGUUAAUGAUCAACAUGUACUACCAGAUGGAUCAUUGUAUAUAAUUACUCCAAUUAAUUUAAUUUUUCUACUUUUACCAACACUUUGGUCUCAAGCACGAACAAAUUUCGUUCCAUUAACAAAAAUUAUAAAUGAUUCAUUUAAACAAUUCGAAUUGGAUGAUGACUUCAUUAUUGAAAAACUCUGUUCAAUUUGCGAUACUGAUAAUGAAAGAAAUUUAAUCAAAUUAAAUGAAGAAAAAUUAAUCGUAUGGCUUCGUGAUCGAAUUGAUCGACUUAAAAAACAUGUUGAAGAUGAAGAACAUGCUUUUGAUCUUGUCUGUGAAUAUUUAUCAGAUGAUAUUGUUGAACAAUGUCGACAAGAAUUAAAACUUCAUGGAAAUGUACGAUAUGAUAUACCUAUUGGUCAAAAAGCACCAUCUGUAACAACAACUACUACAAAGAAGACAGUAGAAAUAACAACAAAAACAAAAAAAAGCAAAAAAUAG